AUGGCCCGAGCACCCACGCUCGCACUCCUCUUGCUGGGACAGCUCCUGGCGGCCACAGGGGCCCAGAAAGUGGGACCCCCUGGCCCUCCGGGCCCCCAAGGGCCACCUGGGAAGCCAGGGAAGGACGGCAUUGAUGGAGAAGCUGGUCCUCCAGGUCUGCCUGGGCCUCCGGGACCAAAAGGGGCCCCAGGGAAGCUGGGGAAACCAGGAGAGGCUGGGCUGCCAGGACUGCCCGGUGUGGACGGUCUGACCGGGCGGGACGGACCUCCUGGACCCAAGGGUGCCCCUGGAGAACGGGGAAGUCUGGGACCUCCGGGGCCACCUGGUCUGGGGGGCAAAGGCCUCCCUGGAGCAUCUGGAGAGGCAGGAGUGAGCGGCCUCCCAGGUGGGAUUGGCCUCCGUGGCCCACCGGGGCCCUCUGGACUGCCAGGCCUCCCUGGCCCCCCAGGACCUCCUGGACCCCCUGGACACCCUGGGGUCCUCCCCGAAGGUGCUACCGACCUUCAGUGUCCAAGUAUCUGCCCUCCAGGUCCCCCUGGUCCCCCCGGAAUGCCAGGGUUUAAGGGACCCACUGGCUACAAAGGGGAGCAGGGAGAAGUCGGCAAGGACGGUGAGAAGGGCGACCCCGGCCCCCCUGGUCCCGCUGGCAUCCCAGGCACUGUGGGGCUACAGGGCCCCCGGGGGCUAAGAGGACUGCCAGGGCCACUUGGGCCCCCUGGGGACCGGGGUCCCAUUGGGUUCCGAGGGCCCCCCGGGAUCCCUGGAGUACCUGGGAAAGCGGGUGACAGAGGUGAGAGGGGCCCAGAGGGUUUCCGAGGCCCUAAGGGUGACCUGGGCAGACCUGGUCCCAAGGGAGCCCCUGGAGUGGCUGGGCCAGUUGGAGAGCCGGGAAUGCCGGGCAAGGAUGGCCGGGAUGGAGUGCCAGGACUCGAUGGCGAGAAGGGGGAGGCCGGUCGCAAUGGUGCUCCGGGAGAGAAGGGUCCCAAUGGGCUGCCAGGCCUCCCUGGACGAGCAGGGUCCAAAGGCGAGAAGGGGGAACUGGGCAGAGCUGGAGAGCUGGGUGAGGCUGGCCGCUCGGGAGAACCAGGCAUCCCUGGAGAUGUCGGCAUGCCUGGGGAGCGUGGCGAGGCUGGCCACAGGGGCUCAGCGGGGGCCCUUGGCCCACAAGGCCCUCCCGGGGCCCACGGCGUGCGAGGCUUCCAGGGUCGGAAGGGCGGUAUGGGAGACCCCGGCCUUCCAGGCCCUCAGGGUCUCCGAGGAGACAUAGGUGACAAGGGCCUUGGAGGUGCUGCAGGCGCUAAGGGCGACCAGGGUGUCGCCGGUUCUGACGGUCUUCCUGGUGAUAAAGGAGAGAUGGGUCCCAGCGGUCCUGUCGGAUCUAAGGGAGAGUCUGGCAGUCGAGGGGAGCUGGGCCCCAAAGGUAUCCAGGGUCCCAAUGGCACCAGCGGCGUCCAAGGUGUCCCCGGGCCCCCUGGGCCCCUGGGCUUCCAGGGUGUCCAGGGUGUCCCCGGCAUCACUGGAAAACCGGGAGUUCCGGGGAAGGAAGCCAGUGAGCAGCGCGUCCGGGAGCUGUGUGGGGGCCUGAUAAGUGAGCAAAUUGCACAGUUAGCCGCGCACCUGCGUAAGCCUCUAGCACCAGGGUCCAUCGGUCGGCCUGGCCCGGCUGGCCCCCCAGGACCCCCGGGCCCCCCAGGCUCCAUCGGCCACCCUGGCGCUCGAGGACCCCCUGGAUACCGUGGUCCCACCGGUGAGCUGGGAGACCCCGGGCCCCGAGGAAACCAGGGUGACAGAGGGGACAAAGGUGCGGCUGGAGCAGGCCUAGAUGGGCCCGAUGGAGACCAGGGGCUCCCAGGACCACAAGGCGUGACCGGCGUCAGCAAAGAUGGCCGGGAUGGCGCUCAUGGUGAGCCAGGGCUGCCUGGUGACCCGGGGUUGCCUGGCGCUGUGGGUGCUCAGGGGACUCCAGGCAUCUGUGACACCUCAGCCUGCCAAGGAGCCGUGUUAGGAGGUGCUGGGGAGAAAUCUGGUCCCAGGAGCUCAUAAAAUGGAACUUAGGGAAGUGAAGAAGUGACAGCAACUGAAGCAACAGCUGUUACCAAGGUGUGGACGUCCAGCAGUCCAGCCAGUCCAGGGUGCCCCCAGCCUGCCCUCCAUGCCCUCAGUGGUGGCCGACUAGACACUCAGUCCCUGAGAGCAUCCAGGUCGAGCUGCCCCCUCCUCUGUGAGGGCAUACCUCACACAUAGGCCCCAGGCAGGAAAUCUGUAAGCCCAGCAUUUGAGAGAACAAAGUGUGUAUAUAUAAAAAGUUUUGUACAAUUCCAUGAGAUGAAAAAUAGUCAACUUGUUUACAUAUCAUUUGUUAAAGACUGACGUAAUACCAAUAAAAUGAUAUAUCAAAUAUUCAGAUUAAUGACUGGCUACAGCGUAACAAAAAAUAAAUAAUUUAAUGUGCAGUAUGUCUUCUAUACAGAGUUCUAGUAUGAUUUAUCCACUUUUUGUAUACAAACGUACAUCUCGAUUAACAGUAUUUAUUGAAGGUGACUUUGUAUUGCACUGACUUCUGCUGACCUGUUGUAAUAAUAAAGCCACUCAUUUGAAAACCUCAGUUCCAAACACUACAGUUUAUUACACACGAAGUAAUGGCUCAAUAUGGAAAUGUGGGCAUUUACGAAAUCCACUGAGAUAGCAUUUCAUUUAUGGUCAAAGUAGCUUUAAAAGAAGUCUCUGGAAAAUGUUUACCAAAAAGGUUUAAAAUCGUACUGCAUUUGGAAACACAGCACCAUGCGACCGGAAAUCAUUACAAGGGGAGUGAUAUAACAAAUAAAAUAAAAUUUCCAAACUCUUUCUAGUGAAGAACAAUUUAACUUGUUCCAAUUGCUAAAGGGGCAUAUUUAAAAUGUAAAUAAGUAAAAAGCAAUGUACUUUUUAAGACUAAAGAAAUUACAAAGGAUGUUAAUUUUUUAUGUUAUCAUGUUA